AUGUGGGGAUUUGGUGGUAGAUAUUAUUGGGGGAGAAAGGUGGAUUUUGAGAAAGCGAAUGGGAUUGUUGUGGUGUUCGCAUGGAUGUCAAGUGAGGAGAAGCACUUGAUGAGAUAUGUGGAUCUUUACGCUUCUUUUGGAUGGAAUUCAAUCGUUUGCCACUCUCAAUUUCUCAAUAUGUUCUUCCCUGAUAAAGUGACAACUCUCGCUGUUGAUAUUCUAAAUGAACUCAUUGAGGUGCUGAAAAUUAGGCCUUGUCCCAUUGUCUUUGCAUCUUUUUCGGGUGGUGCAAAAGCUUGUAUGUUAAAGGUUCUUCAGAUAAUUAGUGGGAAGUCUGAAACACAUAAUAUGGAUGAUUACCAGCUUGUUAGAGACUCUAUUUCUGGCUAUAUUUAUGAUUCCAGUCCAGUUGAUUUUACCAGUGAUAUGGGCGUCCGGUUUAUUCUACACCCAUCUGUUUUAAAAGUGUCCCAUCCACCAAGGUUUGCUUCAUGGAUUGCCAAUGGCAUAGCAUCGGGUCUUGAUUCCCUUUUCCUCAACAGAUUUGAAUCCCACCGUGCCGAGUAUUGGCGAACACUUUACUCCACCACUAGUAUGCAAGUCCCGUAUCUCAUUUUUUGUUCAGAAAAUGAUGAUCUCGCUUCUUUCGAAGUUGUUUCAAAUUUUUUCCAUCGACUAAAAGACCUUGGCGGAGAUGUCAAGAUGGUAAAGUGGAGUUCCUCUCCUCACGUAGGUCAUUUCCGUUACCAUCCUGAUGAAUACAAAGCUGCUAUCAAUGAGAUCCUUGGCAAGGCAGUCGCAAUUUAUAGUCACAAGAACAGAAGAAUUGAAGACGGGAAUCUGGGCAUAGAGGGAAUAAGAGAUGAAAUCCCCGAUCCGUUUUCCGAGCUGAGGAAGGCAGCAACAACCUCAACUAGUUUCCAGGGUUUUGUUGUUGCUCCAAGUGAGAAUUUGUCUUCUAGUUCACUGGAGUAUUACGAAGGUAAAGAUGUUGGGUCUGUAGCAGAUGAGCGAAAAGGAAGUUUUAUUCAUCUCCCAAGCAAUCCAAGCAUCAAUGCUAAUGGGGUUCUCGGCCAAAUAUUGUUUGACGUUUGUGUUCCCAAGACAGUUGAGGAUUGGGAUGUUAGAUCGAAUUCCAAAAAUGUGGGAGUAUUAUCCGGUACUAGGAGACACACUCAUUUCAAUCCUAUAAAAUGCAUCCGACGGUCAAGGUUGUAA